AUGUCUGAACAGCAACAACCUCAUCUUUGCUUCCGCUCUUUCGUCGACGCCCUUAAGGCAGACGAUGACCUUGUCGAGAUUGAUACCCCUGUCGAUCCAAACCUCGAGGCCGCAGCCAUCACCCGACUCGUCUGCGAGACCAACGACAAGGCACCCUUGUUCAACAAUGUCAUCGGCACGCAGAACGGCCUCUUCCGCAUCCUGGGUGCCCCUGGUUCCCUGAGAAAGUCCUCCGCCGAUCGUUACGGCCGUCUCGCUCGCCACCUCGCCCUGCCUCCGACCGCGUCCAUGCGUGAGAUCCUUGACAAGAUGCUGUCUGCCAGCAGCAUGCCUCCCAUCCAGCCUACGAUCGUGUCUACCGGGCCAUGCAAGGAGAACGUCCUUGAGGAGAGUCAGAUUGACCUGACCAAGCUACCUGCUCCGCUCAUUCACCAAUCCGAUGGCGGCAAAUAUAUUCAGACCUACGGCAUGCAUAUCGUCCAGUCGCCCGAUGGAAAAUGGACCAACUGGUCGAUCGCUCGCGCCAUGGUGCACGAUGAGAAACAUUUGACCGGCCUUGUGAUUCCGCCUCAGCACAUCUGGCAGAUCCACGAAAUGUGGAAGAAGGAAGGACGGGACGUCCCCUGGACCCUGGCCUUUGGUGUCCCGCCCGCGGCCAUCAUGGCUUCUAGCAUGCCCAUUCCCGACGGCGUAACGGAGGCGGGCUACGUGGGCGCCAUGACCGGAUCUUCCCUGGAGCUGGUUAAGUGUGACACGAACGAUCUGUACGUUCCGGCCACGUCGGAGAUCGUUCUUGAGGGUACCUUGUCUAUCACCGAAAGCGUGCCCGAGGGCCCGUUCGGUGAAAUGCACGGCUAUGUGUUCCCUGGCGACGCGCAUGUCUGUCCCAAGUACAAGGUGAACCGCAUCACUUAUCGGAAUAACCCCAUCCUCCCUAUGUCAUCCUGUGGUCGAUUGACCGACGAAACGGUAUGUUCCCAGACUAUAACCGAGCUACAGGAUAAUAUCUAA